CCUUCAACCACCAAAUAGGUCCGGCGUGAAAACCUGAAUCCUCAGCCAACCCCCAGCAAGAGGCGUGCUGCUGCUCCUUCCGGGUGUUCCGCUGCCAGGCUGAACCCACAAGCCCGGAAUGCUGCAUUACUCGGCCCACCCAUGCCCUGCGGCUUUCACCUUUGCUAAGGGAGGAGGAGGAGGCGAAGCCCACCCCUAGCAGGACUCCUCCAGCCUGAAGGAAAAGCGGCGGGCAGGGAAUGCGGCAGCAGACCAGCAGCUCGGAGCGGAUCGGGCGGCCGGCAGGCACUGGCUACAGAGCGGAAAGAGUUAAGCGGAGGGAGACAUUCCGCCAAGGAGAAUUCAGAGCAGGGGGUCUCAGUCUGGGGAGGCGACCGACCGGCGGCGAAAGGGAAGAGGCCGGCGCUGCUGCUGCUGCUUCGGAGCGCCGAGCGGGGAGAAAGAGCCGCUCGCGGGCAAAGAGCAAGCGAGCGAGCGAGAAACUUUCCCCGGAUUUUUCGUCGGCGCGAUCUGGAGGAGAAAAUACCCUGCACCCGACGGGGGCGGUGGGGUGUCUGCAGGGAUAGCGCGGGGCCGCUUGGAGCAGGGAUCCCGCUGGCCCCCUUGCAGAGGUGCGCAGUUGGCCAGACAUCUCCGAGGGGAGCGCUGAACUAAGGAAGCUGGCGACGCUUCGGCCGGAAUUGCUCCCUGCUCCUUCCGUGUCUCUCUUGACAGUCCGGAAUCGCCAACGGAGCGGCAGUUGCCGCAGCGGCUCUGCUUGGAGAGGGAACCGGGGUUCUUCAGCCGCAGAGACCGGGCCAACCUUCUCCCGCUGCGGAGAGCCCAAAAGUAUGGGAGGGAGGGUCGAGACUCUGUUUCUGAGGAGAAAGGGGGCCGUGAGCCCCCAGUUCGAGCUUCUAGCGCUUCUCAGCAUCUCUGUUUAGCACGCGCGCAACCCCCACCCCCACCCCGAUACUUCGCCUUCUUCCCUGAUAAAAACGGGAUCGAAGAAAUCUUCUCGCCAGAUUGCCGUUUGCUGCCGGGCGCCCGAUCGGAUCCAAGAGGAGAAGCGCUUGCCACAGGUAGCCAAAGUCAGAGUCGAGGCGCGACGCGACACGCGCGGCCGAGAGCGCUGGAGAGCUCGCGUGUGGCCCAAAGGGUGCGGGGGUUGGAGCUUGUUGCUGGCAGGCUCCGCUCCUCUGCCCGCCCCCUCCUCCCCGGGCUUCCCCCGUAGCUGAGGAUGAAAGCUUUCCCCUGCGCCCGAGGAAGGCCGGACGAGCAGGCAGCAGUGCAGCAGGCGGGGAGUCGAGCUCUCGGGUGGGCUCUGGUGGGGGAGAUCGCGGCGUCGAAGAUUGCGCCUGGCAAGCCGCGUCAGCCGGCGAAGGGAAAAAGCAGCAGCAGAGACGGCAUCUGCGGUUGUUGAAAAGAUACAUGUAAGUCAAGAACCGAACUGCGGACGGCCGGGACUUCGGCUGGUCCCAAGGAAAGGGGCGGGGUCCCGCAACGCUGCAACCCCACGGUUACUUUUAAAGCAAUUAACGGGUGCAAAUCGGGAUUUCAGAACAUCCUUCUCGGCUACGGCGAGGGCGGAGCUUGAUGUUCAGGAUAAGAUGUAAAAGGGAGGGAUCCUCUUCCUUGUUAAGAAAUAAGACUACCGGUACCCCUGGGCUCUAGAUCGAGAAGCGCCCGAUCCUAAACAACCCAGCCGGGCUACUCUCGGAAGUUGCAGUUGGACUUGCACAUUCUCUCCUGAAAGCCUCAUGCUGCUACCUACAGCUUUGCUCUGCCAGCAAGGGAAUGCAGCUGUGCUCCAGUCGCAGCAGAAUCUCCUCUGUGCCAGGCAGGCACCCCUUUAUAGCUGGAUUUAGAAAAAGCCUGAACUUUGUAGUGGGGGGCAUCCUCCUUUGGCCCCUGCUGGUGGCCCAUCUGGGGAAACCUCUAUAAGAAUGCUGGCCGGUUGGAGAGAGCUGUCUACCAGGAUAAGUGCUAUUCUUGGCUGUCUCCUUUUCUUCUGGCUCUUGUACUGCCAUCUGCCCAAGGAAGGAAAGGAGCUGGAGGUGGGGACAUGUGAGAUCACAGCCCUGGAUAGAGAUAUGAGCCAUCCCAAAAGGAUGAUUGCCCGACAGACAGCACGGUGUGCCUGUCGAAGAGGACAAGUUGCUGGAACAACGAAAGCGAAACCUGCCUGUGUAGAUGCCCAGAUCAUUGUUAAUAAACAGUGGUGUGGGAUGGAGCCCUGUGAUGAAGGGGAGCAAUGCACUUUAUUAAUCAAUCGUUCUGGCUGGAGUUGUACUAGGCAACUGGGACGAAUAAAAACAGUCACGGUUUCUUGACAUCAACAGAGCACUGUAAGAGCACCUUCUCCAUUUCCUGUGUGCUGAUGGGCAAAGUUCAGAGGUCACCUCAUCGUGAAAAAUGGGACAAUCCACUUUCUCAGUAUGGGUUCAUCCCCACAAAUCAGGGCCCAUCUCAUCUGUAUUUCCCCUUGUGCCGGCACAUUGGAUGCAGAGGCUACUGAAACAAGCAUCUUUGUGUUGUAUGUACAAAAUUAACUUUUCUUCCCUUCCCCAAAGGAAAUGUAUCUAUUUAUAGUUUAUGUUGUGUAUUUUUGACCUGAAAUGCACUUUUCAGUAGACUUUAUUUCCUCCCGUGUCAACAGAAGAUUUGCAUCAUGGCACCCAGGAAUCAACAGGUCUUUCAGAUCCAGGGGAAUGAUGGCCUCUUUGAGACAUAUGGGUGUAACAGACUGAGAUACUUGCUGAAUGUCUGGGAUGCUAUGCUAUAUUUAAAAAAAACAUUCUCUUAGACCUCUUCCUUUCCGUUGUUUCUCCUCCUCUGAUCCCAAGAAGAUGAGAUGGUGCUAAACGAUUUACAAUUGGAUCUUCACUGCUGUGGGUAUAGAGGGAAGUAUUCCUUAAAAGGACUGGCCAUAUUCCAUAUAAGGCACUCUUCACAAAGGAGUAAAAUGAAGUAACCAGGUUAAAAAAACCUGGACAAAAAUGUGUCGAAUCGCAAUCUCCCCCAUUUGUGUCUUAGCAUUUUAAUUAAGUCCCCUUUCUCAUGGUAUCUGCCCCAUCACCGAUUGAGAAUAAUUCUUAUUCAUCAGUAAUGGGCAAAUUCAAAACAAGCCUAAUUUAUUUAAUUAUAAUUCAUUAUGUGAUUGCCAUGGGUUCAUUUUGGACUGAAGUAGUAUUCUGGGAGUUGAGCUUUUAUAUCCAACUUUCUGACUGUUAUGUCCUGAGAUCAAAUUGAUAGUUCGUCAGAUGGAUUGCCUUGGGAAUUUCUGAGCCACUUGUUUUUAUAAGUCAUAGACUGAAAAAAGGCACCUAAAGUAGAUUUCUUCUUGAUUAUGGUACUUCAUGGAACAUUGAUUCCUUAAAGACAUAUUACUGUAUAUAGGGAUCAAAAUCAAAAUUGUACCCAAGUAGCAAUUUCUCCCACUAUAAAUUUAGUAUCAUUAUGAACAAGAACUAAAGAUUAAUGGUUGUCAUAAUCUACCAUUAUCAGCAUGGAUAUUGGUAAAGCUCAGUUGUGAUUUGACAGUUCAGAGAAAAAUUCACAGAUCCAAGUAGAACUUUUUCCUUCAGGCUCAGCUCCAUCCCUCAACCACUGGGUCCUAAAAAUAAUUAAAAGGCUCUGGAGACUACUAGAUCAUAGUGAUCAAUGACUUGAAAAUUAGUUCUAUAAAAACAACUCCACAUUGCUUGUGCACGCCCAUCUGUAAAUAUGAAAAGUCUUGGAUUCAUUCUCAUGCCAAUCUUAUUUUUCGUUACAGUGUAAAUUGAAUCUUUUUGUUUCAAGAACUUUUUCCUGUGUAAUAAAUUUCCACAAUUUGUGAUGUCAAAAAAAUGUAAGGAA